GCCAGCUGGGCCUGGAGCAAUGCGAGCGGGCCCCAGGGAGCGGCGGCGGCGGCGCGGCGGCCGAAGGAGCCCCGGCCGGGACGUGCGGACGCGGUUCUCCCCAGGCCCGGCCGCCUCGCCCGCUCUAGUCCAGCGGAGCCGGAGCGCCUCGGACCAAUCCCCGGUGAUUAUGCAAGACAGCGGACCAAUCAGCUCCGCCAGCUCAUGAAUAUUUAUGACCUUGGCUGAGUCAAAGCUUUGAAGCGAGUUUGGGGAGCUCGGCAGCAUCAUGCUUAGACUUUUCAAAGAGACAAACUCCAUUUUCUUAUGAAUGGAAAGUGAAAACCCCUGUUCCGCUUAAAUUGGGUUCCUUCCUGUCCUGAGAAACACAGAGACCCCCAAAAGGGAAGCAGAGGAGAGAGAGAGACCCACACCCAGACCCCGCGAGAAGAGAUGACCAUGACCACCAUGCCAGAAAGUCUCAACAGCCCCGUGUCGGGCAAGGCGGUGUUUAUGGAGUUUGGGCCACCCAACCAGCAAAUGUCUCCUUCUCCCAUGUCCCACGGGCACUACUCCAUGCACUGUUUACACUCGGCGGGCCACUCGCAGCCCGACGGCGCCUACAGCUCGGCCUCGUCUUUCUCCCGACCGCUGGGCUACCCCUACGUCAACUCGGUCAGCAGCCACGCGUCCAGCCCCUACAUCAGUUCGGUGCAGUCCUACCCGGGCAGCGCUAGCCUCGCCCAGAGCCGCCUGGAGGACCCAGGGGCCGACUCGGAGAAGAGCACGGUGGUGGAAGGCGGCGAAGUGCGCUUCAAUGGCAAGGGGAAAAAGAUCCGCAAACCCAGGACGAUUUAUUCCAGUUUGCAGUUGCAGGCUUUGAACCGGAGGUUCCAGCAAACUCAGUACCUAGCUCUGCCCGAGAGGGCGGAGCUCGCGGCCUCCUUGGGACUCACGCAGACGCAGGUCAAGAUCUGGUUCCAGAACAAGCGGUCCAAGUUCAAGAAACUGAUGAAGCAGGGCGGGGCGGCUCUGGAGGGUAGCGCGCUGGCCAACGGCCGGGCGCUGUCGGCCGGCUCCCCGCCCGUGCCGCCGGGCUGGAACCCCAACUCCUCAUCUGGGAAGGGCUCGGGCGGCAGCGCGGGUUCCUACAUCCCCAGCUACACGUCGUGGUACCCCUCGGCGCACCAAGAAGCUAUGCAGCAGCCCCAGCUCAUGUGAGGUUGCGCGCCCGCACCCUCCCGCCUCCUUCCCGUCUCCCCCGGCCCGGGCCCCUCCCGCCUCCCGGUCCAUCCACCCCGUCCGCAAGCCCCGGGCGCCCCCCCUCCCCCGGAAGGGCCCAGGGGCAAAGAAGAAGGAACCGCGAAGGCCGGACGCCCGCCACCUCCUUGGAGUCCCGCGCGGUCCGCACCCGCGACUCCCCGGCGCCCACGCGCUCGCCCUCGCCCCGCCUGGGCCGCGCGGUGACAGCGGCCUCCGAACGCAGGCGCGACCGCCCGAGACACGGCCAGAGCAGCGCGACCGGCCAGCUGGCCCCGACUCGCCGACCCUCAGCUGCGUGGGACCAUCAGGAAAAAAAAAAAAAAAAAGGAAAAAAAAAGAAAACCCACAAAAAAAAUGUAGAAAAAGCAAAAGCUUUUUUUUUUUUUCUGUUCUGUCUGUCUCUUGUCUCCUUUCGCUCUGUAUCUGUGCGCCGACGAAGUCGAGGUCCUCGUCUGUCCGCUGUCCUCGUUCUGCGGCCUCUGAAAAAAGUCACCAGGUCGGAAGAGGCCCGGGCCGCCGGCCGCCCAGCUCCGCAGGCUGGGACGUCUUGUCCUUUCGGACCUUCUCCUGGGCCUGCCUAGCCAUCUGUGUAGCUCGUUCGGGAAUCGGGGGAAACUGGAGGGAGGGGGUUUUAUUUAUUGAGGAAUGGACUUCGCCUGAGGGUGGAUGUUGGCCAAUUCUGUGGAGCACAAGGUCCCGUAGUACCGGUGACUUCAAACGCACCCCCGGGGAAAACGACUAAGGAGGACCUGGUGAUUUUUAACUUAUACAGUAACUUUUGUACUUCGCUGGUAUGGAGAGGUUGGAACCUAAUGCUUUGCAUUUUUACAUGUCCCGUAUUAUUUUUAAAAGAAAAAAAAGGAGAAACGAAGCCAACACAAUUUUCUCAUCUCGGGGAAAAAACACUUGGUCGCUUUGCCUGGACAAGAAGGAAAAUUCUAAUUCCCUCCUUGGGGAGCAAGAAAGAGUGGCCCGAUGGGCAGUGAAACAAACAACAAACAAACAGGCAGGCAUAAACGAGUGCCCUAAAGCCAGUGAGCUUUAAAGAAAGACAAAAGCAACACUAAUCCCCAGAGGCUCGGACCACAGAAUAACACCAGGCGGCACCCUGGACGCCCAGUCUCCAGUGCAGGGUCUAAUCGCUGUACAUAUUAUUAUUGUUGUUAAUUAUUAUUGUUAUUAUUAUUGUUCCGUAAACAUGUUGCACAAGCUUAGCUCUUUUCCGUUCUGUUGUGUGUGGCUGUAAAACCUGAUGCUUUGUGAAAUGAGAAUCUUGACAUUUUACUUGUGAAAUUUGGAAAAUGUGAUCAAUUGAAAUCAACCGUGUUUUGUGUUCUCUAUGUCAAAGUUUAGUUUUAUAUUGAGAAUGUUAACUUAUUGCUUUGUAUCUUGGGAAAAAAAGAACUUUGUAAAUAAGUUAUAAAGUUUCUUUG